AUGCUUUAUACCGACGGCGAAAAAGUGCUCUGCUUCCACGGUCCACUCAUCUACGCUGCCAAGAUUCUCAAGGCUGAAAAAUGGACAGGCGAGGAAAACGUGACGGGUCAAGUGGGGCCUCACUACCUCGUUCACUACGAUGGCUGGAAGAAGACGUGGGAUGAAUGGGUUCCUGAAACGCGCUUGCUCAAGCACAACGACGAAAACUUGGCGCGAAAGGCGACGCUCCAAGAAGCCGCCAAGGCGGGUUCGCUGAUCUCUUCGGCUGAAAAGAGCGCAGCUUCAACGUCGGCUGCAUCCUCGCUCAAGCGCGCCAAAGACUCGGAGCUUCCUGAUAGGAAGAGCGCUUCUCGUGGCACAAAGCGCAGUCGAGAACAUGUGGAAGCCGAAGAAGAGUUUCUCAAACGUCCCGAGGUCAAGAUCUCGCUACCAGACGAACUGAAACUGCAACUCGUCGACGAUUGGGAAAACAUCACCAAAAACGGCCAGCUCGUACCUCUCCCGCGCAAUCCAUGCGUCAAAGACAUCCUGGACGACUACCGCAAACACUACCUCGCCUCGAAACGUUCCGACCCAUCUAAACAACGCAGUCCACAGCUCGUAGAUGAAGUGCUCAAAGGUCUCAAACUCUACUUUGACCGUUCGUUGGGUCAGAACUUGUUGUACCGCUUCGAACGCGCCCAGUACGUCGAUUACCGCAAGAAGAAUGGUCCAAAGAUGGGAGACGGUGAUGUAGGAAAUGCGCGAACUGCCAAUGGCAGCAUGGGUGGCGAGAUGGAACCGAGCAAUGUGUAUGGAGCAGAACACUUGUUACGCCUUUUCGUUACUCUGCCCAUGAUCAUCGUUCACACUUCCAUGGACGCCGAGUCCAUCAGUCUGCUCAAGGAACACCUCGCUGAAUUUUUGUCAUACAUUGUCAGGGAAAAGCACCGCCUCUUCGUACGCGAGUACGAGACCGCCUCACCGGCAUAUCACCGCAUCAGCUCCACAUGA